GGAUGUCAGCAUUUUCGACAGCAUGUAAAGGCAUCAGUGUGUCACCGUCAUCUAGAGAGUAUAGCUGUGACUCCCUCGGGGUGAUGGUGGGCCAAAGUGGAUGCAUGGCACUUGAUCAGGGGCAGAUUUUGAGCACUGAGCUCAGUCUGGCAGAGAUGACAGAAAUCGAGUAUACACACCUUCAGCACGUUGUGCAGACACACAUGGAGGCGCAGGCUGCAGAUCCAGAUGGAUCAGAUGCUAGGUUUCACAUCAGUGAAGAUGCUUCUGGAUCCAUAGUGGUUUCUCUCUCCCCUACAACCCAAGCGAUCGACCUGUCAACUUCGACUGAAGAGCAGUCUCUGAUGAGCGGACUGCCAGGAGAAAAGACACCAACCACAUUUGGAGAGGUCCCAGCUUCUGUGCUGGCCAGGGCUCAAAGUGAAGUCGGUGUGACCCAGGCAGAGCCGCCUGCAAAUAGUAGCAAUUCCUCAUCUAGCCGACCCUACUCAACAGCGAGAGUUUGCUUGGAGAAGAGGUUUAACUGCAUGCCCGGUGACAUCCCCAGACCUCAGGAUGCUCAGUCAGCAGUUCUUAGCAAUUUUUUGACAGUCCUUCAGCAGUCCACAGAGGCUCAAGAUGCAGCCAUACUUACACCAAUGCAGAAGUGGAUGAGGGCUGAUCGAGCCAAACCUAUUGAGCUGUCAAAGCCAUACGGAGGAGGAAUGUUCAACCCGAUUGCUGGCAUCUGUGGGCAGGUGUUUGGCCAUAUUCCUCACAUAGUUGAACCCAGCAAGUCUCAGGGUUUGCUCUUCCCAAAGAAUUUCCCACUCAGUUAUUGCCCAGAGAGAGUUAUUACAAAAGCCCAGUAUGUCAGUCACACCAGCCCAGCGGAGGAGCAGCGUUUGGUGAAAGUGGAAAAUAAUGCUGUGGCCAGGCCUGACGCCCCCAUUAAACGUAUCAGGUCCAUCAAAGCUGCUAAGGCUGUCCGAGACCCAGCUGGAGAGGCGGGGAGCAGCACCAGGAGGAGAGCAGCACCUUGUAUAGACAGCAGCCAGCGCAGGGAGAGACACAACAUCAAGGAGAGGGAGCGCAGGAGGAGGAUUCGUUUGUGCUGUGAUGAGCUCAACUUGCUGGUGCCGUUCUGUCGCCCAGAGACGGACAAAGCCACCACCCUGCAGUGGGCCACUGCCUUUCUGAAGUACAUCCAGGAAGUGUAUGGGGACACUUUCAAAGAGGAGUUUCAGAACGCCUUGUGUAAUAAGACUGAGUUCAGUCCUAAGAUGGCCUCCGCCUCAGGCCAGGUCGCAGUCCAACAGGAGAUGGGCCAGACGCCGAGCACUCCUCUGGCAGCAGAACAGUGACUCCCACACUAUUUAACCUAUAUGUAUUAGCAUAUUUAUUUAUUUCAAUGGCUGGGGUCUUACCAUUAGGUCUUGCCAUGGAAUACUAGCUUUCUGAGAAGAACAGCAAGUACUGAAGGAUUUUUUUUUAAGGAAAACCUACACAGAAGUUUUGUUGUGUUGUUAUAGACAUUCAAAUGUCGAGAAAGUUUUCACUCCCAGAUAUGUAUGUGAUGUAUGUUAGUAAACGUGGGUGUUUUUUCCUCAGCUGCAUCUCAGGACCACACUAGAUCACAUUACUGUAUGUAUUGAUAAGCCAGUUUGUAUACAGCUGAUAAUUUUAUUUGCACUUUUCUACAACCUGUUGUAGAAGAGUGCUUUGCAGGGAGUCGUAUACAGGUGGCGCUGUUUCUCUAUGGAAAACGGGUCAGAUGCUGUUUCAGUGAUUUCAGCUGUAUUUCUAUCACCAGUUCACUCAGUUAUAAUCAGAUGUACAUUUGUUAUUUAUGAUUAUAAUUUUGACUUUUCAGUUAAUUUAAAAAAAGUGUUAAGUCCUUCUGGCAGUUAAACUGUGUUAAUACAAAUGCACCUUGUCCAGUUUGAAUCUAUGCUGAAGAAUUGAUUUAUUCUUCAUUAUAUUUAUUAUCUAUGAUCUGAAAUUUUGAUUUGAAUUUUCGCCAACUUGUGAAUUUAUGGGAUUGCUUCAUUUGCAUGGUGUUCAUUAUAGUGUAGAAAAAUACAGUUGGUUUACUUGAUAUGUAGAAAAGAGUAAUGUUUUACUGAAAAGUGGCUUUAUUUGUUCUUUCUUACAACAUGAAGCUGUAGCAUCUUACUGUACAUACAACAGUCACCCACAAAUAAUAAAUAGUAUUUAAAGUCA